AUGAAAAACCAAGUUGUCUUCCUCUGGGCUGUCGUAUUCCUGGCUUGCUGUAUGAUAUCAAUUCAAGCAGCUAAACAUAGUACCAAUGAUGAGUACAUGAAGGAUAUCGAUCAUCUCCAAUACAAUCAUUUAGUGCAUAAAUGGGCAGGUUUAAAAGCAAAAAAUCACCCUAGUCGCCAUAAUCAUUUAGCGUUUGCAGAAGCUGACAAAACAGAAAAAUACUAUGCAAGAAGUAAUGAUAAAUAUCGUCGGUGCUAUUAUCAGGGAGCAUGUAACAGCCAAAGUAACCAUUGCUGCAUUGCCUGUGAUGUCACUGUUGGUCAAUGCUUAGCAUCUCCACCAGAUGUCGAUCCAUUUCCAUAA